AUGGCCACUCGACGCAUCGUUGCUACUGAAAAGACCUUCCUCGAUAAGGAUGAUCCCAUCGAUGAGCAUUCUAGUACUGCUCCUGCAGUUCCCAGCCAAGUCAUCUACAAGCUUCUAGCAUUCACUUUUGCCAUGAUUGUGGUCCCCAUUGGUUCCUAUUUCCUCACUGUUAAUACCGUCUUUCGUGGAAACUCUUCUCUUGCUGGUGGCUUAGCUGCUGUCUUGGCCAACGUCGUCCUUGUGGGAUACAUUAUUGUAGCUAUGAAAGAGGACCAGUCGGACAAACAAAAGCCAGAGAGCAAGAAGGACAAGUAG